UUCUACCGUAGUUACGUAUGCUUAAGCUAUAUUGUAACAGUGUUUACAACCUGAAAAACUUUAUAUAAGGUGAUAAACGUUGCCUUCUUACGAAUAAAAAAAGAUAAGUUUAUAAGAUAUUGCUCAAGUUUGCUGCGUUGAAGUGGAUUCAUACCGGUGUACAACUUAGCCAUUUUAUAAUUGCGGAUUUGAAGCGUAGUCUUUGAAAUCAUGGCCCGGCGAGGAGGCAUUAUCCCAAUUUUCGUCUGCUACUUUAUUGCAGUCGUCAUAUCUUCUGUGAUCGCAGAGAAUUCCUAUCUCUUCAUUGCUCCAAAGACUAUUCGACCUGGAAAUGACCUCACGAUUCAAGGGAAGCUACUUGUAGACACAGCUACUCCAGUAACGGUAACUGCGUAUAUCGAGAAAUCCACUGAGAAGGAGGGGGGAUUCUGGGCACCACCGGACGAAACGACAACAACAACAGUUGCCCCUCAACAACCCGAGCCAAUCAGCAUGGUGCAGGCCACAAUAUCCGGGACAGAACCACAAACACUUGUACUAAAGAUUCCCGAUACGCUGGCCGAAGACCGGUAUCAGCUCCGUAUAAAGGGUACGGGGGGUCUUCAGUUCUCCAACACAACCCAGCUUUCGUACCAUGGCAAGAGUCAGUCCAUAUUCGUGCAGACGGACAAGGCCAUUUACAAACCUGGACAGACAAUUCACUUUAGAAUAUUCGGCAUAACUUCGGACCUAAAAGUGACGUUUGACCCGAUGGCCGUGGAUUUGUAUGACCCAGCCGGAAACAAGAUCAACCAAUGGUCUGUAACGGAGGCGGACUUACGGGCAGCAGGUGGCGUGUUUGAGUCCCAGAUGGUCAUGUCGGACGCGCCCAUCCUAGGAGAUUGGAAGCUCAAGGUCAAACAAGGCAGAGAACAGACAGACAAAUCAUUCACAGUUGAUGAAUAUGUUCUUCCAAAAUUCGAAGUAACCCUUGUGUUGCCACCUUUCGGACGCCUUACCGACAAAGAGUUCCAUGGAAAAGUCACUGCCCAGUAUACCUAUGGAAAACCCGUAAAAGGCGUUGCAGACGUGCGCAUCCGCCCAAGAUGGCCCCAGUUUGACUGGAUCAACGGCACUCAAGUCCUCAGAAGCAAAGACAUAGAGCUACAGUUCGCGAUUGACGGCGAGGCGUCGUUCCGUGUUCCAGUGAGCCAACUUGAGGAAGCGAACCAGUGGCUUGACUAUUCCUACCUGAUAUUCGAGGCAAACGUUACGGAGACUCUCACUGGAAGUAAGCUUCGGGCGCCGGAUGUGGAGCUUCGGUUCUACAAGCAAAUCACAAAAUUGGAAUUUCCCAGCUCGCUUCCGGACAAUUUUAAGCCGGGCCUUCCGUACACCUCUGUUGUUAAGAUUUCCGAGCAAGAUGGGUCACCGCCGUCAAUCAUAAAAGGACCUUUGACCGUACAAGUGACCUACUAUCGACCAAUCAGGACAACUACAACUACAACAACAACCACUACAACCACGAUGUCGCCUGAAAAUGUGACAGGCGAAAUAACGAUUCCACCAUUUGAGCCCAUAAUCAUACCAGGUCGGAUGGGCUGGUGGUGGCCGAGGGAAGACGAAGAGCAACUUCCGGAAAUGAAUUUCACCAUACCCGCAGACGGCAUUGUAGAGAUUCCCUUAGCGAUUCCUAGCGAUGUCACGCGAGUGAGCCUUCAAGCGAGCUAUGACUCAGCAAGCGGUUACUCGUCCAUCAAGAAGUCAAACUCGCCUAGUGACAGUUAUAUGCAGCUCAGCCUUCUCUCUGACUCACCCAAGUCAGGCAGUUCGGUCAAGAUUGGGAUCCGUUCGACUGAUCUCGCCCAAAACAACGCUUUCUAUCAGGUCAUGUCAAAGGGCAACAUUGUUGCUACGGGGACAGUGUUGCUGACAAAUGACUCCUGGGUGCUACCAAUCACAGCAGAAAUGGCCCCUAAAGCCAAGCUGAUGGUGUUCUACGUAAGACCGGAUGGAGAGGUGGUUGCAGACGGCCUGACAUUCAACGUGGAUGGAAUCUUCGAAAAUGAGGUCACCAUUGCUUUCGAUCAAGACAAGGUGGAACCGGGCGCUCCCAUCAAACUCACCGUUACCGCUGACCCUGGAUCAAAGGUCAACGUACUGGCGGUGGACAAGAGCGUCCUGCUGCUGAAGUCUGGUAACGACAUCUCGCACGAUCAGGUUAGGUCCGAGCUCCAGUCCUAUGACACCAGUGACCAGUACGGCGGCUGUGGCUGGUUCUGCUGGCGAUGGCCAUCGCCAGCGAGCGGCGAUGACGCCAAGGACGUCUUUGACAAUGCGGGUUUGGUCUACAUUACUGACGCUCUGAUAUAUGACCACGUUGAACCUAUGGACAGGCCGGUAGACAUAACCAUGAUGAGGAGGGGAAUGAUGGCGCCUGAGGCUGCACCGAUGAUGAUGAUGGCAACAUCUGGAUCUAGACCACCAGAUAUGGCGGAGUUAGCGGAGCCGAAACGCGUUCGAAAAUUGUUCCCUGAAACAUGGUUAUGGGAAAACAGCAUAACUGCCGCGAAUGGAAGCGUGACGUUCGAGAGCAAGGUGCCAGACACGAUAACUUCCUGGGUGGCCACAGCGUUUGCCGUCAAUCAGGAAACAGGUCUAGGCCUCUCAAAGUCUGCUGCAAACUUGCAAACGUUCUUGCCGUUCUUCGUGAGCCUCCAUUUGCCAUACUCAGUCGUGCGCGGAGAGAAAGUGAUCGUGCAGGCGAACGUAUUUAACUACAACACCGCCCCCGUAUUUGCGUACGUUCUCCUUCGCAAGAACCCACAGUAUGACAACAUUCACAUAUCAUCCUGGUGGACAGGACAAUAUUCCGCUGAUGUGGCUAGAUUUGUACUGGUCCAGCCUAAUAGCGCGUCUGCGGUGUAUUUCCCCAUCAUCCCGCGGGAGUUGGGUCAGAUCACACUGAAGGUCGAAGCCAGGUCGGUCUACUCGGCAGACGCGAUCGAGAAACGUCUGCUUGUAGAGCCGGAAGGUACAGCGGAUGAAUACAACGUUCCUGUUCUGCUGGACCUGCAGCAAACGCCAAAUUUCUUUCACAAAGUGCCGAUCACGUUUCCGCCAAAUACCGUACCGGGCUCGCAGAGGGUCCGCGUGACAGCCAUCGGUGACCUCAUGGGCCCCAGUAUUAAUGGUCUGGACUCAUUGAUCAAGAUGCCGUACGGAUGCGGGGAGCAGAACAUGCUGAAUUUCGCCCCCAACAUUUUCGUAACCAAGUAUCUCAGCGCAACCAACAAUAUUGACCAGGCUCUCAUGGAGAAGACAAAGAAUUACAUGACGAAAGGUUAUCAGCGUGAACUAACCUACCAACACAAAGAUGGGUCCUUCAGUGCCUUUGGAGAAAGUGACCCCUCCGGAAGCAUGUGGUUGUCAGCGUUCGUGUUGAAGUCGUUCGUUCAGGCGCGGCCCUACAUCUUCGUGGAUGAUGACGUCAUCAAGCGGACUGUCAACUGGAUUCUAACUCAUCAGGCCAAGAACGGAACGUUUAAAGAGCCAGGACGGGUUUUGCAUAAAGAAAUGCAGGGAGGUUCUAUCGCCGGUGAAAGGUCACUGAAUGCCUUCGUGUUGGCGGCGCUUCUGGAAGCAAGAAAGGUGGAAGGGGUAGACAACCUUAUUGCCGAUGCCGUUGAGCGUUCAAUCGCUAAUCUUGAGGCAGAAGUGCCCUUUAUGAGCGAUCCCUACGAGCUGGCCAUAACCGGUUACGUGCUUACGCUGGCCGGAAGCGCACAGGCAAAGACCACCAUGGAUAAACUGAAGGGUCUUGCAACUAAUGAAGGCGGCAUGAAGUACUGGAAAAAGGCGGAGUCACCGGCAGAGCCCGCAACGGACCACUGGGGCAAGCAGAAAGGCAAAGCGCUCAACGUGGAGCUGUCGUCUUAUGCGCUGAUGGCGCUAGCAGCCAUGGGUAACCGGGCGGAGGGCCUGUCGGUCCUCAAGUGGCUCACAAGUCAGAGAAACCCCAGCGGAGGUUUCUCCUCCACACAAGACACGAUCGUAGCACUUCAGGCAUUUGCUGAAAUGGCGUCCCAGGUGUAUUCCAAGAAUUUCGACGUCUCUGUAACCGUCUCUUACCCACCGUCAGGUCAAGAAAGGUUCAUCAUCAACGCCUCGAACGCUCUUGUGCUGCAGAGUCGGGAAUUGCCUAGUAAUGUCCCAGAAGUUAAUAUUGCGGCAAAUGGAACCGGUCUUAGUUUAGUUGAGGUGGCAGUGUUCUACCACAUCAACAAGGACGAUGCCACACCCAGUUUCAACCUGAAAAUCACGCUGCCAGAAGAGUCCAUCAACCACUACAUAGCAGAAGUUUGCACAAGCUACAUGAAGGAGGGCGCGAGCGGGAUGUCUGUUAUUGAGAUUGGCUACCCAUCGGGCUUUAGUGCGGAUCCCAAGAGCGUCUCGUCCCAUCUCCUUCUCAAAAGAGUAGAAGAAGGGGACAAAAAAGUGAUUCUCUACCUUGACGAGAUUGGCAAGGAUGAGCUGUGUUUCCGCGUUACGAUGGAGAGAGUGGGGCUGGUGGCUGGAGCACAACCAGUUCCGGUCAAGGUGUACGACUACUACGAGCCAGCGGACCACGUGACUGCAUUCUACGUACCGGAAGUACUACGUAACUCUGACGUAUGCGACGUGUGUGGUCAGGAAUGCGAUUUCUGCGUCAAACAACGGGUCAACAUUGGCGCAGGUCCUGUUGGAAGAACCUAAAUAGAAGACCCUAGUAAUAGGACAGUGAUUUAGCUCCAUCGAUUGAAAUGCAUUUUUAUAUCAAUACAUUGUACAUGAUUUUUUAAAUUAAAUGUUCGCCUUUUUAUCUAAAAGUGUGUUUAUUUAAGUUAUCUUUUAUAAAGCGUUAUAUUGUUUCUCAGAAGAAAUUAAGAAUGUCGUGACUGAGGAUGAUAAUAAUAUUAUUCUACCAUGUGUGCAUAAUAUACGUUUUUCGUUUUGUAAUUUGCACGUGACUAACAAUAAUGCCGAUAGGCUAAAGCUAAUUAGCUAUAUUGCUUAUAUAGGAACAUCUAAACAAAGACACGUUGUUUAGUUAAGGACAAACAAAGAUAAAGCGAACCUUUAACUUAUUUAGAAUCUAAUAUGUCAAAACAAAACAUGUUUUGUAUGCCGUUAGUGAACUAUAUACAUUUAAGCAUUUCGUUACUUAGUUAUCGGUUUUAUUUGAAUUGUUACGAAAAGAGGAUCUCCCUUUCCGUGUUCGGAUACUGUAUCUUUGACCAAAACUUGUUUUAAUGCAACUGCUGGUAUCUGUAACUACCGUUACCGUAUAGAUAUUGUUUUGUAUUGUGCUAGUUCACUUAACGUAACAAAAGUUACACUUUGAAUGUUUGUAUAUUGUUUUCUUCGCCUUAAUGCUUUUAAACAGUUGCGGCUAAUCCUGUCGAAUUGCUUUAUAUUACGUUAUGUUGUGAAAUUGAAAGAAGCUCAUAUGGAACUAUGGAACUAAACGAAAUGGCACCAUAUACAAACCAAAUUUGACUGUUUGAAGAGUUGUUUUAAAAAAAUACUUCUUUAUAAAAAUGCUAAUUACAUUAAUGUGUUAUUUUGUCUCUUUUCGUGUACAUUUAGCAAUUAAACAGUUACAACGAAUGUUAACACUCUGAACAGGAUUAAGACACUUAUAAAAAAAAUCGAAUCUCACGUGUUUUAAACACAAAAAAGAAACAUCGAUGUUAUAUAAAUUUCUAAAUACAGUCAAUUAACUUACAUUUAGAGUUAAUAGUUUUUUAGCAGCAUCCUAGGCAUUUUUAAACAAAUACCAAAUUCGUAUCAUUAUAUCGGCCACAAACAAAAGAUACACUCAUUUGUAGUUGAUAAACUAUUGGAUUUAACAGUUUUGAAACGUGACUAAAUUGUGUUUGGUAUAAGACGGAUUUGUCAAAGCACAGUUAUGAUAUCACGAUGUUUACUAAAUGUCUUUUAUUGCGGACCACGAACUAGUCAACUGAGCGCUGAUACGUGUCCAUCAUACCAAGAAUAUAAACUGUAAACAGC